AUGGCAGCCGCGGCCGGUGCCCGGAGGUUACCCAUGGGUGUGCGGACAGUCAGCGACUUCCUCCACAUAGCCACGGUGGGCUCCCCGCGAUCCUGUCGUACAGCGGUGCAAAGAGGAUGCCAACGGCAAAACAUCAGACAUUUGUCAUCAUGUGGCAUUUUGAUGACGAGAUCUCCCAGGGUGCUUUGCCUUCAGGAUUGGGACACAAUGACAAGCGUUCCCCAAAGCAGAAACUUCAUCAGCCUCACCAACAAAAGAAAGGAGUACUCGGAGCGGAGGAUACUUGGGUAUUCUAUGCAAGAAAUGUACGAUGUGGUGGCCAACGUUGACGAGUACAAGCACUUUGUGCCUUGGUGUAAGAAGUCCCAGACCAUCAUGAGGAGAGCCGGCCACUCCAAAGCUCAGCUGGAGGUGGGCUUCCCUCCAGUGGUGGAGAGAUACACGUCCAUGAUCACCAGUGUUCGGCCUCAUCUAGUCAAAGCAGUUUGUACAGACGGAAAGUUGUUCAACCACCUGGAGACGAUAUGGCGCUUUAGUCCUGGCAUUCCCGGUUACCCUCGCACCUGCACAGUAGACUUUUCUAUUUCCUUUGAGUUCCGCUCGUUGCUGCACUCCCAGUUAGCCACCAUGUUCUUCGACGAAGUGGUGAAGCAGAACGUGGCGGCGUUCGAGCGGCGGGCCUGCAAGGUGUACGGCCCAGAGACUCGUAUCCCCCGAGAGCUGAUGUUCCACGAGGUGCACCAGACGUGAUCACGUCCGCCGAACGCCCUCGCCUGGCCUUAAACCCGCCCCGUUCCCGGUCCCCCCUCCCCCCUGUCCCCCCCGUCCCCUGCUAACACUUCUCAGACCCGCAUGACGCCGCUUAGUCAGUCCCCACCUCCAAGCUUCCGCCGCUGCGCAGACGAACGAGGACUCCGCCUCCCGUUAGCACAAUGUUGGAGUUCUUUCUUUAGCCCCGCCCCCUUGAGUUUCCGUCUACCUCCACUUCAGCAGGAGUCCAGCGUGUUCAGAGCUGUUACAAGCUGUAUUCAUGUCGUAAACCACUGAUACCUUCACGCUGGAAGUGUUAGUGAGUCCUUUUUUUUUUUUUUUUUUUUUCCUCUUCUUCUUCUUCUUCUUCCCCCUCCCGAGACACGAGCCAGGCGUUGGAGCUCGCUCCGGCUCAAGGUUACUGUUCUAACCUCCCUGCUCAUCAAGUAAAUUGCAACUCUGGGAUCAUCUCGCUGCCUUGUACGUUAUCGCUUCUCUUGAGUUUUAAUAUAUUUCCUGACGUGAAAUAGUCGCUGUUUUCUACAAUAAAACAUCCCAGCUCGUUUAUCCAUGCACACAUUUCAGCGGAUCCAGAUUUUAAAACAGGUGCCAUGAUUCGGGACGUUAGGAGAGCGUUGUCACUGUGCAAUGAGACGAUCCGAUGGCCUCGGCGCUCGGAGGCUCGUUUAGCUUUAACUUGGUUGUUGUGCUGUGAGCGUUGUUUUUUGUUUUUUUUUUUGAGAAUGAGACUUAGCCUGCCAGUUUUACUUAAUGCCUUAUUUUACAGCCCAGCUUUGAGAGAGGGGGAAUAAAAAAAAUAAAUAAGAAAAUUAAAAAAAAAAGUAGAGUUGAGACAUUUAAAGUUUGCACAACCGGAAUGAAUCCAUGUUUUCAUUUCUAGAUAGUGUUAAAAAUAGAAAGUAAAGAGAAGUUGCUUCAUUUUGUGUUUAGUUGCCAAAAGGAACUAAAGACGCGUUGAUGGGACGCGUCAGAUCAGAGGAGAUGAUGACAGUCGUGUGGAUGUUCCCUUUAUCGUGCACGUUCAGACAGAGUGACGGGCUGUAGAAUAAAACAUUACGAAUCAUUUAUCCUCGUCUUGCUUAUUUGUGGGAGCUUUUCUUUCUAUUUAUUGAGAUGCAUGGAUGUAACGGAACUGAAACCAGGCGAAUCCAUGUCGAGCCUUUCCGUGUUGCGUCGCUCGGGGCCGGAGUUCAGUCCUGCUGGGGUUUGCUCUUCAUAUCGGAGUGAGCCGUCGCUCCUCAAGCUCACUGAUUGUAUCGUUUUCAUACGUAGAGGUCGCCAGAGGUCGCGCUGCGACCUCCUCCGUCACCGGCAGUUUAUUCAGUCCACUCGCUCGAGAUUCAUUCUCAGAUAAGACUGAACUGUGGCUCGAUAGUUUUUUUUUUUUUUUGAAGCUGACGUGUUUUAGUUGUUUUGUUUAGAGGUCAUGUGAAAGUCGAGGGUCAGUUAAUCAAUGCAUGAGGAAUAUGUAUUAAAAUCUAAACAGGCCUGUGAAUCACUGUUCAUGUUAAAAAUGACCUAAAAAAACAGUAAGUUAUUAAAGAUUUUAAAAUUCUACUUUUUUUUUUUUUUUUUUUUUUUUUGGAGUGUUAAGUUUUAUUUUUUCUAGAAAAACUGAUAAACAAAUAUUGAAAGUUUUGAUUUGUGAUCAUUCAAGCUGUCCUGUAAGUCACUACAGGCAUUGAACAGAUGGCGUUUUGUGUCGGUGUAUCAUCCAGUCCGGGCGCCAGCAGCGACUUCACGUGGAACGACCGCUGAAAUGUGUUUUCUUUCGUGCCGUGGUGUUUCUAUCCAGACUUAACGGUCAGGAUUACAUUCUCUCCAGGCUAAACUGUUGUAUUGUUUCCCCCUCUAAAAGAUCUUAAACUUGAACUGAACUGAUAAACUGCUCAUUGUUUGCUGCUUCAGUGUUAAAUAAAAAAAGCAAGUCGUGGUCGUCAGGAGAAUGAUACACUGACCAGAAACUCUGAAACCGAGUGUGUAAAUGUGACUUAUGGGAUAGCUUUGUGUUAUCAGCGAUGCUGCGUCAUUUAGGAACCUCAAGUUGUAGCAAGCAGUAGUGCGACGGUGGCCAAUCAGCUGCCACCGAUUGAAUAAAAUGAAGUGCUGUGUAGUAAACGAAUGUGACGACGAUGCAUUUUCUAUUAAGAGCAAUGUGCAAAAAAAAAAAAACGCUAAAAUGUUAUGUUAUUACACUAUUGGCAA